UGUAAUUGGUUUUAAUUUAGCCAUUGCGGGUAUUUACGGCUAUACUUUAUAUCAGCAAAAGCAAGAACAAGCCAAAAUAGAAACUUUUUAUCAGCAAGAAACUAAAAAAAUCUGUGAAGAAAAUAAUAUCACCGCAGAGGAAUGGAAAACUAUUCAAGAUAGUAGUCAGCCAUCAAUAAUAGAUGAAUACAACAUUUUCUCUAAUUCAGAGGAAUUAAAAACCCAACAAUUAGAAAAUCUAAAAACAGUUAUCCAAACCAAAGAAGAAGUCCGCCAAAAAGAAUUAGAAAUCCAAAAAAAGGCUGAAAACUUACAAAAGGUCACGGAACUUGAAGAAAAAUUAAAAAAAGCCCGGGAAAAUUUGGAGUUUAAAGAAAAAUCUCUUCUUUUAAAAGAAAUGGAAAAAGCAAACGAAUAUCUGGAUCUAGAAAUUGACCUAGAUUUAGGGAAAGUAUUAGCAACUAAAAUAGAAAAAUUACCUCUCCCUAACGAAGAAGAAUUAGAAAUUAUUAGUCAGUUACGCUUAACGAUGGAUAAAUUUGCUCUAAUUGCUUUCCAAGCCCAAUAUUUAACUCCUAAUGAAAGGCAGCAAGUAAUCGAGAAUUUUCCUAACUUCAACCAGGACUUAAAAUUGAAGUUAAUUAAUUCUGGCCUUAACCAACUAGGAAUAAGCACUCUCAAAAAGAAACAAAUUUUUGUUAAUUUCAAUCAUACCAUCUAUAAUGCAAAACAAAACUUUGGUCUAACUCUCAAAGAAAAAGAAAAUAUUCUCCGAAUGUUUAUUAAUGAAUUGGAUUUGACCAAAGAGCAACAGCAAGCAUUAGAACAAGUAGGGGAAGACCAAAAGCAACCAUUAUUAAAAGCCGGUUUGAGUAGAGUAAAUUUGACGGAGGAACAAAAGAAUCAAUUAGUUAAUUUACAUCCUGAUACUUUUAAAAUCUUUUCUUUGAACGAGCAGCAAAAAAAUAUUCUCCAAGCCCUAGCUCCUUUAACUCGUGAAGAUAAAUAUUCCGAGGAUGGUUUACAAAUAGUAAGGAAAUUGGAAUUAAAACCAAGUAGUCAAAACUUUUUAGUAAAUGAAGAAAUAAUCCCUAAUCCUAAUUUAGAUUUCGGCGAAGUAAAAAGCCCUUAUUUGCCACUCAAACUGAAAUUCCUAACUGGGGAACAAAAAAUAUUAAGAAAAGAACGGGAAGCCCAAGAAAAACAAUUACGAGCCGAAGAAAUAUUAGCCAAUAAGCAGUCCAUAAUUACUUCUCUAUUAGAUCAAGGAACCGAAAAAGAAGCGGUUAGGAAAGUAAUUAAAACUUUAUCUAAUGACACACUGCUUUCCCAUCAACAAUACGCCGAAUUGUCAACUCUUUUAACUAAAUAUCCCAACAAAUAUUAUCAAGAAUAUUUAAAUUCUCUAACAGAAGUCCAAAUAACCAUCAAUAAAACUAUUUUAGAAAAAUAUGCUUCCAGUCAAAACCCAAAAGAACGAGAAAUAUUUAAGGAUUUAAAUCUUGAAGAACUAAUAAAUGAGAAGAUAAAUCAAGCCUUAGCGGGUUAUCAGCCCCAAGAAGUUUUUUAUGAUAGUGAAGAGGAAUUGGAGGAACAGGAAGAAAAUAAGGAAAGUAAAGAAACCCAAGAACCGAAACCUUCCACUUCCCGUUAUGACGACUUAUUUGCUAAUCUCAACCAAGAAGAGGAGGAAAGACUGAGAAAAAAAUUAGAAAGGGAAGAAACCCGCAAAAAAUUAGAAGAAGCGGAAUUAACCCCAGCCCGGGAAAAAGCCCUAAAAGAAGAACAAGAAACUCAUUUAGCCAAUCAGAAAAGAAUUAUUGAAGAACAACAGCAAGCCCGCCAAGAAGCCUUUAAUAAUCAGCAAAAAGAAGCCGAGUUAGCCGAGGAGAAAAAAAGAAAAGAUAUUGAAAACUUGGAAAAGCAAAAUCAGUUUGCUAAGGAACAAUUAGAGAAGCAAAAAGAACUCUUGGAAAAAGAAACCCAGGAAAAAUUAAAAAAUAUUGCUGCGGAAGAUGAAAAAGAAAGGCAAAAAAUAUUGAAACAACAGCAAGAACGAGAAAUAGCCUUGGAAAAUGAGAGAAGAGAAAAUGAAAGAAAUCUCCAAGUCCAAAAACAGCGUUGGGAAGAUGAGUUAAAGAAACUAAAACAAAACAACGAAAAAGAAUUACAAGAGGCUAAAAAUAAGUUAGAUGCCGAGAAAAAGAAAGCCGAAGAAGAAUUAAACCGCUUAAAAGAAGAAGAAAAAUUGGCCGAGCAAGAAAAAGAAAAGAGAGAAAAAGAAUUAGAAAAAGCCAAACUUCUUAAUAAGCAAAAGCAAGCUGAGUUAGAAAAGGAAUUUGAAAUCAGCAAAUUACAAGCCAAGGCCUGA